GAGGUAAGGAGCCUAAUGCAUCAGCACUUUUUCCAUACUUGUUAGGAAAGAACAAAAACAUUAAGAUUCAUAUUCUUUUACUGAUUAUCUCUUCUAAGAAAAAAGGAACCAGGUGCAGAAGCGGAACAUGAGAGUGGACGUGGAACGUGACCAUUGAACCACAGCAUGACAUAGAGACAGAAAUAGGCUGAGGCUUUUGGCUCCUGCCCCAGCUCCCCGCUACAUAAUCGCAGCUACUCGGGAGGCUGAGGCAAGAGAAUCACCUGAACCUGGGAGGUGGAGGUUUCGGUGAGCCAAGAUCGCAACAUUGCACUCCAGCCUGGGCAACAAGAGAGAAACUGUCUCAAAGAAAAUAAAAGAAAAGAAGACAAGAAAAGGAUCAGUGCUGCCCUAAAGGAAAUAAACUGAUGUGACAGUGGCAGCUGCCCUUCCAGGAGCCAGCAGGGAGACCUGGGUGGCUGGGUGGGGACACCUGCAAGUCCCCACCCAAGCCGGCUACCACCCUAUCCUGCCUUCUCCAACUGCAGGGACACUGCUCAGGCCUUUUGUGACACCACACCCGACAGUCCUUGGGGGUCCGGUCAUUGCUGCUGGGUCCAGCGAGGUCCAAGCUCAGGUCACCCUGCCCCCUACCCCCCAUGCCAGAUCUGGCAUCGUUGUGGGCAAACAAUUAUCUGGAUGAUCUUUAUGGGGCUUAAGCUUGGGUGGGAGCAGAUGGGGCAUGAGCUAGGGAUUUGGAGAUGGCACACCCCCACGUCCCAGACGUUUAAAAGGCCCUCUCUGGCACCGGGCUGGGACAGAGGCCAGCAGGAAAGUGACUGGAGUCCAGUGACAUGAUGGAUCUGGAGGAGAAGAGAGAGGAAGGCUCAGGCCCCCGCAUGGAGGUCUGUCCUCAGGCGGGCUCCCCAGACCAGGAGGGCUUCUUCAAUCUGCUGAGCCACGUGCAGGGUGACCGGAUGGAGGGGCAGCGCUGUUCGCUGCAGGCCGGGCCAGGCCAGACCACCAAGAGCGAGAGCGGCCCCACACCCGAGAUGGACAGCCUUAUGGACAUGCUGGCCAGCACCCAGGGCCGCCGCAUGGAUGACCAACGUGUGACAGUUAGUAGCCUGCCUGGCUUCCAGCCCAUGGGGCCCAAGGACGGAGCACAGAAACGAGCUGGGACCCUCAGUCCCCAACCCUUGCUCACCCCUCAGGACCCGACUGCUCUUGGCUUCCGUCGGAACAGCAGCCCCCAGCCCCCAACACAAGGCCCCUGAGGGCCUGAGCCAUCUUGGGCCUCACUUGGCCCCCAAAAGCUGAUAAAAGAAAUAAAACACUUCCAUGAGCAACAAGGAA